CCAACAAUGAGUAAUUUGACAAGCUGUUUGCCCAAUGCAACAAUUUGUGAUGGUACAUCCUGUGUGCUACCUGAGAGUGAUCCCAACUAUCUUCUAAAUGUAGUCCUGAGUACCACCCUUACCAUCCUGUUGGCUUUGGUGAUGUUCUCCAUGGGCUGCCACGUAGAAAUCAAGAAAUUCCUAGGGCACAUAAAGCAGCCAUGGGGCAUAUGUGUUGGCUUCCUCUGUCAGUUUGGAAUCAUGCCCCUUGCAGGAUUCAUCCUGUCACUGGCCUUCAACAUCCUCCCUGUCCAGGCUGUGGUGGUACUCAUCAUGGGAUGCUGUCCCGGAGGAACUGGUUCCAACAUCUUGGCGUAUUGGGUCGAUGGCGACAUGGACUUGAGCAUCAGCAUGACCACAUGUUCCACACUGCUUGCCCUGGGAAUGAUGCCUCUGUGUCUCUGGAUCUAUACCAAAAUGUGGACCGAUGCUGGGACAAUUGUCAUUCCCUAUAAUAGCAUAGAAAAUGUCCCAUGGCAAUAUUGGCUUGUGCUUCUCUUCCAGAUUGGUUCCAUCACAGGAAUGAUCCUCAUUAUUCUCAUAGCUGUGAUUGGAGGAAUACUGUACCAAGGUUCUUGGGUCAUCAGUCCCAAACUGUGGAUUAUAGGAGCAAUAUUUCCUAUGGCUGGUUACGUCCUGGGGUUUUUUCUGGCUAGAAUAGCUGGACAGCCCUGGCACAGGUGCCGGACAGUUGCUUUGGAAACAGGGAUGCAGAAUACCCAGCUGUGUUCCACCAUAGUGCAGCUCUCCUUCUCUCCUGAACAGCUCACCCAAAUGUUCACCUUCCCGCUCAUCUACAGCGUCUUCCAGCUGGUCUUCGCAGCACUAUUAUUGGCAUUUUACAUGGCACACAAGAAAUGUGGGAAAAACAACGCAGAAUUUCCAGACGGCAAAGAUAACGACAUAGUGUCCGAAUCAUCACUUUAUAACGUGAACAGAGGAUAUCAACCAGAUGAAAAGUAG